AGUUACUCGUACAUCUCAACCAUCAUAUCCCUGCAGUGGUCACUCCGUCGUAACUGCAGCUCGAGUAAUAUCACGUACUGUCCAGUUAUCAAGCUGCCGGUGCAGUUUACUCGACUCUUUUUCACCAUCGUCAAGUUGACUACCAUCGAAAACGUGUUUGUGCAAGGAUUCGGAGACCUGACCAUAGUGACGGUGAAGCCAGGCGCGAUCUCAGUCUGUAUAAGUUGCUUAUACUCUCCCUUUCGUCGAGAAAAGCCACUGUCAUCGGUAACGUAUCGGAGCAGAGGUCAUUACAAUUUCGUCGUAACCAUGCGUUUGGGACACACCAUAGAAGAUUCCCGUGCCAAAUACCCAGAACUUACCGAUGAAAUUUUGGAGGAUUUGAAGAAAUGGACUAACGCCAAAGGAAUAACGGAUGUCCCAGUGGAACAGUUGGCUCUAUUCAGUCAUAGCUGUUACUUCGACAGAGAAGCUACCCUUCGUUGCAUGAGUGUUUACUACAGAAUGAGAGCUACUGUGCCAGAGUUUUUUUCGAAUAGGGAUCCAAAAAUGGAAUAUUUGCAGCACUCGUUGCGUGCAUUGCAAUUCACGGCGCUUCCGGUACCUGAUCCAAAUGGAUAUAGAAUAAUUUUUCAUCGUUUGGCGGAUACACGACCCAAUCAGUACAUGUUUAAUGACGGUAUUAAACUUCUCGGAAUGACCACUGAUGCCAGUCUCUACUCGGAAGGCUGUUCACCGGGAUAUAUAUUUCUGUUUGACAUGAGGGGUGUAAAACUUGGACACCUUACGAGGCUUUCCAUUUCCAGUAUACGAAAGUUUUUCGAAUAUUUACAAGAGGGACUUCCAGUUAGAUUGAAAGGAAUUCAUGUGCUGAACGCUGUCUGGUUUAUGGAUAAAAUUCUUUCUUUAGUGAGGCCGUUCAUGAAGCGUGAAUUAUUUGAUAUGCUGCACCUUUACAGCGGAGAUAUUUCAGAGGUAUACGAACGCAUUCCACAAAAAUGCCUUCCGCAGGACUUUGGAGGGGACUUGGACACGCUAGAAAAUCUUCAUGAGGCUCAUUCUUUAAAACUAAUCGAACUCAGAAAUUAUUUUCUUGAAGAGGAAAGGUUGUUCCGUGGAGGGUGCAGCGGUGACUCGAAAAUAUCAUUUCCAAAAUCGCAAGAAGAUGACGCGAUUCCAAGCCCAAAUACCUGACUUUCCAUCAAUGAGAUAGAUAUUACUUGUAUUAAAAUACGUGCUUUUUCUACGGGCACCAUAGAAAAUAUUGUACCGGUUCUCAACUAUGCCAAUUACAUUCUUUCCAAUCCGGAAA